CUGGCUGUCUAGCUAGUAAGACACUUGAAUAGUUUUGUCUGAAAUGAUAUUGUAAGCAUCGAAUGUUACUACUGAAAACAAAUUAAGCAUACAAACAAAUUACAGAACAUGUUUAUAAAUUCUUGGUUUCAAUUAGUUUCAGAUCAACCUCAACGUUCAAGCAAUCAAGCUAGCUUCCACCGGCUAACCAAGAUAUAAUUAAGGAAUGGAAAUGGCUUCAGGGAAUUCUCAGAUAGGCAGUAGCGCUGCAGCAGGAGGAAGGCGAAGCUUUUGCACGAUAGGAGGUGAUGCUAUGGAGAUUAAAUGCAUCAAGAGACGGCGAAGAGACUCUUCGUUGUCUGCGUUGAGAUCCAAUAAUGAACGUGAGCUAGGUCAUCAGCUAAAGGGUGAUCAAACUGCCGCCACCGCCACUGCUACUGCUACUGCUGCUGCUGCUACUACAGUGAAGAGAAGUUCAAGAUUCCGGGGAGUGAGCAGACACCGGUGGACUGGACGAUAUGAAGCUCAUUUAUGGGAUAAAGGGUCUUGGAAUCCAACACAGAGGAAGAAGGGAAAACAAGUGUAUCUCGGAGCUUAUGAUGAAGAAGAAUCUGCAGCAAGAGCAUAUGAUUUGGCUGCUCUCAAGUACUGGGGAACUUCAACUUUCACAAAUUUUCCGGUAUCUGAGUAUGAGAAAGAAAUUGAAAUAAUGAAAAAUGUAUCAAAAGAAGAAUACCUGGCCAGUCUCAGAAGGAGAAGCAGUGGUUUCUCAAGAGGUGUAUCCAAAUACAGAGGAGUUGCAAGGCACCAUCAUAAUGGAAGAUGGGAAGCUAGAAUUGGGAGAGUGUUUGGAAACAAGUAUCUUUAUCUAGGCACUUACAGUACCCAAGAGGAAGCUGCUCAUGCCUAUGAUAUUGCAGCCAUAGAAUACAGAGGGAUUAAUGCUGUGACCAACUUUGAUUUGAGCACAUACAUAAGAUGGCUGAGACCAGGAGCCCACUCUUCUGCUCCAUCUCCUGCUACCCAAGAUUCAAUAUCUACUGCAGACCCUCCUCAGCCACAGCCAACCUUCAUCAAUUCAGGCGAGAAGACUGCGCAGCAGCAAUUGGAUCUUCUCCGCUCUAAUAAUCCCUACGUUGUUGAGGAUUUAAACAGACCUUUAAAGCAAGAGAUUUUUCAGACAAAUGCAGCUGUCAGUCCUUGCUUCAAGUCAACUUCUUCCCCAACGGCUCUUAGCCUCCUGCUUAAAUCUUCCAUGUUUAAAGAGUUGGUGGAGAAGAAUUUAAAUGCCCAUGAAGAUGAAGAAGAUGAGGCGAAACUAGUUCCAGAGAUGGGCAACUAUAAUGGAGUCAGAGACGUUUUCUACGAUGGAAUCAGACAAAUUCCUUAUUACGAGGUUGGAUUGCCUGGCCUAGUGUUUAAGGAGGAGAACACGUGGCCCUUUUACAAUAGAACAGGGUAGUCCCUCUACUUUUUUUUUUUUUUUUUCUUUUUAAAUUUUCAAAUAACUAACAAUUUCAACAUCUUGUUUUUUAAGACAAAAUUGACAUAGGGCGGAAUCUCUCCUUUGUACCAUAAAUAUUGCACUUUGAAUAAAUAGUCUCCCUUUGUUGUCUUUGAUGAGAUAUUAAAGUUGUAAUAAAGAUUUAUCCUUAAAAAGACUUGUCAUUAGAGAAAAAAAAUUUCAACAGAAAGGCAGAAAAUUUCUUACGCCUAAUCCAGUGUAUAUAUACUAAUAAUAA